AUGGCCGAGAGUCGUGCUCGCGGCCGGCUGUGGCGGAUGUCAUCACACCUCAAUCCAAGCGAUGGAGUGUCCAUGGAGGUGUGCCGUGCCAAGGGUGGUGCUACGGGUUUGAGGGUGGCCAUUUUGGGGGCAGCGGGAGGCAUCGGCCAGCCCCUCUCGCUUCUACUCAAAAUGAAUCCCUUAGUCUCCACGUUGAACCUGUAUGACGUGGUCAACACUCCGGGUGUUACUGCGGACGUGAGUCACAUUGAUGCCUCAGCAGUGGUGCGAGGAUUCCUGGGGAAAGACCAGCUCGACUCGGCCCUGGAAGGCGUGGACCUGGUCAUUAUUCCAGCGGGCAUACCCCGGAAGCCCGGGAUGAGCCGCGACGAUCUGUUCAAGAUAAAUGCGGGCAUCGUGCGCACGCUCUGCGAAGGCAUUGCGCGGGCAUGCCCGCGGGCGAUUGUCAACGUCAUCAGCAACCCGGUCAACUCCACGGUGCCUAUAGCAGCGGAGGUGUUCAAGAAGGCUGGUACUUACGACCCAAGGCGGUUGUUUGGUGUCACCACCCUGGACGUUGUUAGAGCCAACACGUUUGUGGCCGAAGUAGUGGGAUUGGAUCCCAAGCUCAUCAGUGUCCCCGUGGUUGGAGGACACGCCGGCGUCACUAUCUUACCCUUGCUCUCCCAGGUGACGCCGGCCAUUCGUUUCUCGGACGAGGAGCGACACUACCUCACCAACAGGAUUCAGAAUGGGGGCACUGAGGUGGUGGAGGCCAAGGCUGGAACAGGAUCCGCAACCCUUUCAAUGGCAUACGCAGCAGCAAAGUUCGCCGACGCCUGCCUGAGAGCCUUGAAGGGAGAGGAUGGCAUCGUCGAGUGCUCCUUUGUUGCUUCCCAGGUGACCGACUUGCCGUACUUUUCAUCGCGCGUCAAACUGGGACGUAAUGGAGCCGAGGAGAUUUUGCCACUGGGGCCACUCACCGAAUUCGAACGGAAGGGCCUCGAGGCAAUGAAGAAGGAGCUGCAGGGGAGCAUUGACAAAGGAAUACAAUUUGCGACUUCAGCCUGAAAGCUAGAGGAGCUGUGAUUACAGGUGCAUAAUAAUAGACAAUAAGAAACGGAAGUCCUUAGCUACA